AUGGAUGAAAUAAAGAACCACAACACGACAGUGAACCGAAGUUUGUCUAGUGAUGACAAAUUCAGUUUUGAGGACAUCGACGUGAGCGCAGACGGCAGCCCCAUUCUGAGGAUCCUCAUCUCUGUGGUGUACUCUGUGGUGUGCGCCGUGGGCUUGGUGGGAAAUUUGCUUGUCUUUUUUCUCAUGAGGGUACGACAAGGGCGAAAAAAAUCCACAAUAAAUGUUUUCAUCAUCAACUUGGCGGUGACGGACUUCCAGUUCGUGCUCACUCUGCCCUUCUGGGCCGUGGACACCGCGCUGGACUUCAGCUGGCCGUUUGGAGACGCCAUGUGCAAAAUCAUCCUGUCGGUCACUGUGAUGAACAUGUACGCCAGCGUGUUUUUUCUGACUGCCAUGAGUGUGACGCGCUACCUGUCCGUGUCCUCGGCCCUCAAGAAGAAAGCCUGCAAGAGGUGGGGUUGUGUGAAGUGGGUGUGCGCGGUGCUGUGGGUGGCGGCCACUGCGGCCACAGCCCCCACCACCAUCUUCUCCACCGCCACUGUGGUGGCUGGAGAGAAACUGUGCCUCCUAAAGUUUCCAGAAGGCCAAGACUGGCUCGCCCUUUAUCAUAUUCAGAAAAUCCUCAUCGCCUUUAUCAUCCCUAUGCUCAUAGUGUCCGUCAACUAUCUGCUGCUCCUGCGCUUCGUAAAACGCAGGAGCAUGGACAACGCCAACCCGAAAAGGACAUCUAGAGUCACCAAAUCUGUCGCUAUUGUUGUUUUGUCUUUCUUCUUUUGCUGGAUGCCAAAUCAUGCCAUCACUUUAUGGGGUGUCUUGGUCAAACUGAACGCCGUCAACUGGGAUAAAUCCUACUAUCUGGUGCAUACGUACGUGUUUCCUGUCACCGUUUGCUUGGCGCACACAAACAGCUGCCUGAACCCAGUACUGUAUUGUCUUAUGAGGCCAGAAAUCAGGAAAAUGCUCAGCGGGCUGUUUUGGAAAGUCUCCACUCCAACCUCUAAUAAAGGCUGCGCGACGCGCACUUUUACGCACGGGGAAACCCAGGGAGUCCUGCCACUCUACACCCUGUCCGUCAUGGACCGCAAAGGCUUAUCCACCUCCAGAAUGAACCAGCAUCCACAAUGA